GGCCGGACAAGGCCGGGAUUGUUCUCUGGCUCCCCUUUGUCUCCCCCACUCCCCGCCCAGGCCGGGCCUGCCCUGCCUGCCCGGCCACUCUUCUCCCUGUCAGCCUGGCUGACCGGACCUGGGACUCCGCCUGUGGAGCCCCGGGUCUGCUGACCCCGGCUCAGGAGCGCCUCAGCUCUGGUAAGGAAGUCACCUUCCAAGGCUCCACCUCCUGGGGAGACAGGUCAACGUGGAGGCGCCGGGCCACCAUGCUCAGUCUCAAGCUGCCCCAACUCCUCCGAGUCCACCAGGUCCCCAGGGUGUUCUGGGAAGACAGCAUCGUGUCCGGCUACCGCCGACCCACCAGUUCGGCCCUGGACUGUGUCCUCAGCACCUUCCAAAUGACCAACGAGACGGUCAACAUCUGGACUCACUUCCUGCCCACCUGCGCCAUGUCGCCCCGCGCCCGGCACAUCUGCUACUUCCUGGACUACGGGGCGCUCAGCCUCUACAGCCUGGGCUGUGCCUUCCCCUAUGCCGCCUACUCCAUGCCGGCCUCCUGGCUGCACAGUCGCCUGCGCCAGCUCUUUGUGCCCACCGCCGCACUCAAUUCCUUCCUGUGCACCGGUCUCUCCUGUUACUCCCGCUUCCCGGAGCUGGAAAGCCCUGGGCUCAGUAAGGCCCUCCGCACGGCCGCCUUCGCCUACCCUUUCCUGUUCGACAACCUCCCGCUCUUCUACAGGCUGGGGCUGUGCUGGGGCGGGGGCCACAGCUGUGGGCAGGAGGCGCUGAGCCCCAGCCAUGGCUACCACCUCCUCUGCGCGCUGCUCACCGGCUUCCUCUUCGCCUCCCACCUGCCCGAGCGCCUGGCACCGGGACGCUUUGACUACAUUGGCCACAGCCACCAGCUGUUCCACAUCUGUGCAGUGCUGGGCACCCACUUCCAGCUGGAGGCCGUGCUAGCCGACAUGGGAGCGCGCCGGGCCUGGCUGGCUGCCCAGGAGCCCCCAGGAGGCCUGGUGGGCACUGUGGCCACUCUGGGCUUGGCAGUGGCCGGGAACCUGCUCAUCAUUGCCGCCUUCACAGCCUCUUUGUUUCGGGUCCCCGGCACAUGCCCCCUGCUGCAGGGUGGCCCACCAGAGGGGGGUGUCCUGGCCAAACAGCAGUGAGCUCCAUCCUGAGCCUGCCCUGGAGGGAGGCAGAGGCCGGGCCACAGCAGUGGAGGAGCCCAGACCCCAACCUGAGGAGGUGGGGGCACCUCUGAGCCUGGAACCAUGCAGGAGUGGCUGAGGAGGGCAGAGGGCAAAGGGCAGAGGGCGAUCUGAGGACUGGCAGAGUGUGAGCAGGACAGUGGAGGGCGAGGGCGAGGGCGAGGGCCAGGUGGGAGCGGGGAAGUGCUGAGGGUCUGAGAGGGGAGAUCUGUGCGUGUCAGGCUGGAGCU